AUGAUCCGCCAGGCUCUUUACGAGACGCGGCCCGAUAUGAUAGAGCAAGCUUACAACGGCUCUAGCCCAGCGAAUCCUCACCCGGAUCAUGGAAAUACGCAUGACCACAACCAUUCUCACGAUAUGUACCAUAUCGGCCACUGCUUUGAUCUCGUUCGUCAGUCGAUGACAUGCAAACCUGAUCUGACGAUCGAGGUGGGAGAUCCUGCGCUUGGCGGCGUGACAGGAUUUGGUACAGAACAUCAGUGUAUCAACUGGCAACAGUUGAUGGAUUGGAUGAGGGACAACGAAUGA